AUGUGGAAACCCGGCACGGAUCGACCAGAGGACAAGACGCCCAAGGUGAAUAACAACAAGGACAAUGCGGCUUUAAUAAAAGACAAAAGCUUGCCAUCACGGACGAUGAAAAAAGCGCCUGCAAAAUUUGUAUUAUCGCAGAAAACAUUAGCUAUGAAGUUCAUGCAACGCAAGAUGAAGACGGAGGUACAACGCAUCACUGCUAUUCAAGAGAAACAAAAACAGGAUACGUGGGAGUCCGUGCCCGUGGACGACGGACCGGCAAACGACAAGUCCAAGAUCGUUUGCACGCGCGACGUGCCCGACCCGUCGCUGCCGCUGCUAUUUGGCCGUCGCUCGUUUGGCAGCUUCAAUAAAGGUGUGGAGGAUGAGUUCAAGGAGGCAUCUAGAGCACUGCGUUUUGCACUGUCUGAGGAGAAGGAGCUUCGUGAAGAGAUCUCGGCCGAGGAGAUGACGUCUCGCAUGCUCAAAUACACGGGCCUGAGUCGUCGCAGCGGUAACACCAAUGGCGGUAGACGCCUUAACAGCAAUAAACGUCAGCGGAAAUAG